CACUAUCGCAUGCCGACAUCAUAAGUUCUACAUAAGGUUCAAACGUUCCAACCAGCCGGUUUAUGUACAUGCAGCUCCCUGCCUAUCCCACAUAAUCCCAUCUUUACCCCAGCAAUUCGCAGACCCUCAAAACCUCACAUAAUGCCUUCGGAAACUACCGCCUCAAACGGUGGCCUAACCCCCGACCAACUCGCCACCUUCCAGCGCGACGGGUACCUCAUCAUCCCCGACGCCCUCCCCCCCACCACCGUGCAAGCCCUCCUCGCCGAAACGCACAAGCUCUUAGAGGACUUCCCACUAUCAUCACACCCCCUAACACGGUUCAGCACCGGCGAGAAGUCCGCCCACGUCGGCGACGAGUACUUCCUAACGUCCGGCGACAAAGUGCGCUUCUUCUUCGAGGAGGACGCCUUCGACACCAAGGGCAACUUAACCAAGCCCAAAGCGCGCGCCAUAAACAAGAUAGGGCACGCUUUGCAUGCUCUCUCACCACCGUUUGCCGCGCUCCUGGAUCCGGCGCUGAAUCCGGAUUUACUGGGCGCGGGGACUAGUGGGGGUAGCGUGGAAGCGGGCCGUAAGGAGAGCCAUCCUGCGGCGGUUGCGCGCGCGCUCGGGUUCAGGGAUCCGAGGUGUCUCCAGAGCAUGGUCAUCUGCAAGCAGCCGGAGAUCGGGGGCGCGGUGCCGCCGCACCAGGACAGCACGUUCCUGUACACGGAGCCGCCGAGCGCCGUGGGGUUCUGGUAUGCGCUCGAGGAUGCGACGGCAGAGAACGGGUGUCUGAGUUUCCUCCCGGGGAGUCACCGAUGGGCGCCUAUUCGACAACGAUUCGUGCGCGCUCAGGGUGGAGGCACCGAGUUUGCGGAUAAUGAUAGGCCGAAGUUUCCGCCUGGGGGGAAGUAUGGGGAGAAGGAUGGGCAGAACGAGGAUGGUGAGUAUAAGAUGGGCGAGGUCAAGGCCGGCUCACUGGUGUUGAUACAUGGCAAUUUACUUCAUAAGAGUGAGAAGAACUUGAGUCAGAAGGGGCGCAUCAUCUAUACGUUUCAUGUUAUUGAGGGUGAGGGGACGAAGUACGAUGAGCGGAAUUGGCUUCAGCCGCCGGCGGAUGGGUUUACACGGCUGUAUAGAGAUUAAUUCGACUAGGAGUGCUUUGUAUUAAGUAGCUUACAUGAGGUCGGGGGUCCUAGGUUGGUUUGGAGUGUAUUAAUUAUGUAGGUCGUCAAGCAGGCAAGCCUGUCAAUGUAUUAAGUAAAGUAUUCGAUCCCGUAAGGGGGGUAGACAAGUUUCCUCAAAGAUAUUCUAAGGGCUCUAGGAAUUUCCCGCUCCCUAGCUAUCCGGAUAGGAAUAGAAACGUUCCGAAGGAGGAAACAUACUACUAUGUUUCAUUGCCAUAGGACACCUUUGCCAUA